CUUCACUAUAAAGAAACCUUAUCAUCACUAUAAAUUUAGUAACCAUAUCAUUCUUUCUUUUCCUUUUAUAUCAUCCGAUCCAAACAUGAAUUCAGCACUUCUUCAUCCUUGUUCUACUCCCCUGUUUCUCGAGGCCAAAGAUCUUUAUCGUAACAACAGAAAACUCGCUUCCACUAUUUGUUGUUCAUCAUCAAGGAACGAUCCUUACAUCCCUAAGCUUGAACCUUUUAGCCGAAGCAAGUCUGAAAGAGCAGCAAAAGACCCUCCCUUGAUCGAAAAAUCUGAAAAAGAGCUCUUAGAUUAUUGUUCAGCGGUUGAAGGUGAAGAAUCAUAUAGUUGCUGGCAGGCUUAUUUUGAGUUGAAAGAUCUUGAGAAGGAGUCACCAAAAUCAGACAUAGAGAGGUUGAUUCUUGAGACCGGUGGUGUUAAAUCCUUGGUAGGAGUUCUUCAUGGGAUUGCACUUAUGCACAAACUAAAGAAGGAAGGUUUGAAUUUUGCCAAGGAAGUGAAAUCAGAGGAGGAACAUAUACAUAAUUGUCCUAUACCAGAUGGAUUGCCAAAAUCUGCUGAUGAGAUGAUGGAAGAAGAGCAAGGUAGAAUGCCUGAUUCACCAUACACUAGGCUUCUUAGGACCAUGGGGAGGUUCCCUGCAUGGUAUUCUCAAGCCCCUGACCAUGAAACAGAUUGAUAAUCACACGAUACCAUAUCUUGUUUCUUUUAUAAGGAACAAUUGGUGACUAUUUGUGCGUAAUAGGCUAGUACUAGUAUGAGUGGAAGGUGUAAAAUUGGUUUUGUUUUUGUUUUGGAAUGUGCUUUUUAUAAUUCAUAGUCUCAGGUAAGCUUGAGGGAGAAAUUGGCGGGGUACAUUUUGGGCUAGUUACUAGUUAUGCCUCCAAUAGAAUGGAUGUAAAUAUGUGGCUUUCAUUUUUGUUUAUUUUAACUUUUAAAUUUUAAUGCCUAAGUACUUUUCAGGUGA